UGUCCGGUGGUGGCUGGCAAAUCGGAGACCCCACCCAUAAAUCCAUUCAAUAAAACAAAACAAGAGAAUUAAUUCCCUUCUCCGUGCUGCCUCUACCGGGUUAGAGCAAGUUGUGUGUGUGUUGCAGCUGACCUACGCAAACUGCACUCGCUGGACCCACGCCCCUGUCCUGUCUGCAACCGCAUGUACAGUAACUUGUCGAACCUGCGUCAGCACAUGCGCCUGAUCCACAACCCUCAGAGUGUCACAUGCCCCCUCUGUAACAAGCCAUUCAAGACCAAGCUCUACCUGAAGCGCCACCUGGUCAGUUUCCAUGAGCUCAGCGUGGCAGACAGGCAUCGCCAGGAAGAAAUCUACCAACAACAACAACAACCUAAAGCGCAACAACAAGCUGGAGCGCAAACUCAUCUACAAAUCCAGGCACAACAAACAGAUGUUAAACCUUUUCCUGUGCCUAGAGUUUCUAUGGAAGAGGGUACAGCUACAGUAACUCUGGAAAACAAAUCAAGAGUAUUCCAAGAUGGUGCUUAUGAGGUCAAUCAGACCAAUGCCGAAUCAAAGCACUUUCAGAGCAGUAUCAUGCAAUUUGAUACUGCAUACCACUAAUGCGCCUUAGUUUCUUCGGCCCAUUUGUGAUAGUUUUUUGGUUGAGUAGGCUUAAAGCCAGUAUUUCCUGGCAACGAUAAUCUCCAGAUGGAGUUUAAUAUAGUCUUUCGAAAGAAGACCAAGGUGCAGUGAAAAGAUUAAGAGUUUGUGCUGUGAUACGAAGAGCAAUUUAUAAUAAUCGAGAAUUUUAUAGAAUUUUUCACAUUGAAAAUUUUUCAUGAUACUAACUAUUUUUU